GAUGACUAAAAUAAAAUUUGACUGAAAGUUGAGUGACUGGUGUGCUUUUUACCCAAGACUAUUCCACAGGCAAAUGCGAGACUUGUUUUGAGCACAACCGGAAACGGCGGUCGGAAAACUCGCCAUGAACACCGAUACGUCAAUUACUCAGCUCCACAAAAUCCAUUAAUAAAAACAGUUCGAUAUUCACUUCUCUCUUCUUAAUCAUUUUUGCUUCCCUUUUCUAGUAUGAUUUCAAUUUCCGCUUGAUUUUACCUUCAAUUGUCUGAAAUUGAGAAAAAAAAACGAGGGGAAAAAUGGGGUCUUUGAUCUUUCUUCGAAAGCUAACACACUUCAGCACCCCUCGUGGUCUCGGUGGAUCAUAUGAUUUUCAUAAGAUGGAAUUGUUUUUGUAGGUGUGAAGUUUUUGGUAGCUAGUCAGGGAAUAUUAAUUUGGAGUUUUAUUGCCUUUCUGGGGACUCGAAGUUUAGAACUCCAUUGACCAUGUGUCGAUUCUUUAGGCAGCUCAGCGAUUCCACAAGAGCAAUGAAAUUUGACUUUACGGAUCUUACUCGCCCUCAUACUUGGUAUCCAAAGGCUCGAAGAAAAAGACGAAAUAUUAUCUUACAUGUUGGUCCAACAAAUAGUGGUAAAACAUAUCAUGCAUUGAAGCAACUGGAGUCAAGUUGUUCUGGUAUUUAUUGUGGGCCAUUGAGACUAUUGGCAUGGGAGGUGGCAAAACGUUUGAAUAAGGCUAAAGUUCCUUGUGAUCUUAUUACCGGACAAGAAAGGGAGGAAGUUGAUGGUGCAAAACAUAAGUCUGUUACUGUAGAGAUGGCUGAUGUGAAUUCUGAUUAUGCUUGUGCUGUUGUUGACGAAAUUCAGAUGUUAGGGUGUAGGUCAAGGGGUUUUUCAUUUACACGAGCUCUUUUAGGAAUAUCUGCUGAGGAAUUGCAUUUGUGUGGAGAUGCAGCAGCAGUUCCUCUAAUUCAGGAAAUUCUGAAAGUGACCGACGACAUUGUCAAGGUUCAAUACUAUGAGAGGCUUUCACCCCUUGUUCCAUUGAAGAUUCCUCUUGGAUCAUUUGCUAAUAUAAAAACUGGAGACUGCAUUGUCACCUUUUCACGUCGUGAGAUUUACAGGAUAAAGAAACAAAUUGAAAAUGGAGGAAAGCAUCUCUGUUCUGUUGUUUAUGGUUCACUACCUCCAGAGACUCGAACGAGACAGGCAACAAUGUUCAACGAUGAAAACAGUGAGUUAGAUGUUCUCGUAGCUAGUGAUGCCAUCGGGAUGGGUCUUAACCUUAACAUAUCUAGAAUUAUAUUUUCAACCUUGAAGAAAUUUGAUGGUGUGGAAAUGCGGGACCUUUAUGUCUCAGAGAUCAAACAAAUUGCAGGAAGAGCAGGCAGGUAUAGAUCUAAAUUCCCUGUUGGUGAAGUGACAUGUCUAGAUGCGGAAGAUCUACCUCUACUUAAUUCAUCAUUGAGUUCCCCAUCUCCCAUUAUAGAGCAAGCUGGACUUUUUCCGAGCUUUGACCUUUUGUUCAUGUAUUCUCGUCUCCAUCCAAUGCUUGGUAUGCACCAGAUAUUGGAACAUUUUCUGGAGAAUGCCAAGUUAUCUGCAAACUAUUUCAUCGCUGAUUGUGAAGAAAUGUUGAAAGUCGCUGCUGUUAUUGAUGAACUGCCGCUUAAUUUGAAUGAUAAAUAUAUCUUCUGUAUAAGUCCAGUAGAUAUGGAUGAUGACAUUUCAUCUCAGGGCCUUACUCAGUUUGCACAUAGUUAUUCCAGGAAUGGCAUUGUAAGGCUUCGAGAAAUAUUUACUCCGGGAACGCUCAAGGUCCCAAAAACACAAACUGCACUUAAAGAGCUUGAAUCUGUUCACAAGGUCCUGGAUCUGUAUGUUUGGUUGAGCUUUCACAUUGAAGAUAGUUUUCCAGAUCGCGAACUGGCAUCUUCACAGAAGGCUAUUUGCAGCAUGUUGAUUGAGGAGUUCUUGGAAAGACUUGGGUGGCAGAAGCCGAACCCCAAAAUAUUACCUGGCCGUAGCAGAUUGAAGUCUCUGUCGUCUCAAAGUGCACGACAUCUUUUUUGAAAUCCUAUUCUGUUAACUUCCUCAAGAUAUUUAUAUUCUGAUAGAUCUUUUUGUGUCAAUUCCUUUGCUCUAUAUUGCGAUGUAGUAUUAGAGCACGCUAAAAUAACAGUUUGUGAUUUUUUAAUCGAAUGCUUUGCCUUGCGAAAUUUUCACUUGUAA